CAUCUCUCUCUACUGUCGGGAACUGUACAGAUGAGGAGAAACAUUCCCGAUGGAGUGGAAUACACUUCAAUACAAUUCCAAACUGUAUAACAUUAGUGCAUUGUUUUAGGAGCAGAUGGAAAUCUCAUAGACAUCACAAUGCCGAUUUCUUUCUAAAAUGAUAAACGGUUUGCCUUCUCUAAACAGCAUCCUUUCGGGAAAGACAGAAUUUGCGCAGUGUGCUAUGAUGGAAUAUCGUCGGAAAGGGCUUGCGGGGAUUUCCAUAAGUUUGACUUGUGGUAAAUAACUUGGAUUGGGAACCGCGCGUCUCCGGCGACUCAACGCGUAAUUUUAGGAUGUAAAUGGGUUCUUUCUGUUCCGCUGGAUAUUUAUUAUGAAACCACGGCGUGUCUGAUUUUGUUUUGAGGAGAACUGAAAGACAUGAUCAGUGGUCAGUUAGGAGAGACUGGCAUCAACGGAUACGAGGAAGAUUUCCCGCGUCUGUUCUGCGGUGGAAGGCUACAGGCGGAAGCGAGCGCGUUAGAACCGAAGCAUCUGAAGAGAGCGCGUGCCAUGCCGUUUCGGGUGUCGGGCGGUAGAAAGCUGUAAAACCUGUGGUCAGGAGUUGACUGAGACGCGGUGAUGGGCUUUGCCAUGAGGCACCGCUGGUUUAUGGUGCCACUGCUAAUGCAGGCAUGGUUCUCCGCCACCCCCUGCUUCGGUGAUCGUCCUUGCCCUCGAAGUUGCCGAUGCGAUGGCAAGAUCGUAUACUGUGAGUCCAGCGCAUUCCGUGAUGUCCCUAAAAACCUCUCCGGUGGCUGUCAGGGCCUUUCCCUGCGAUAUAACAGCUUGGCAAGCUUAAAAGCCAGCCAAUUUGUUGGCCUCAACCAGCUCAUUUGGCUGUACCUGGACCACAACUAUAUUGCCAACGUGGAUGCCCGCGCCUUCCAAGGAAUACGGAGACUUAAAGAGCUGAUAUUGAGCUCUAACAAGAUCACGCUGCUUCAUAACACCACGUUUCACCUGGUACCAAAUUUGAGAAACCUGGAUCUCUCUUAUAACAAGCUGCAAGCUCUACAACCGGGGCAGUUCCAGGGACUACGCAAACUGCUGAGCUUGCACCUGCGCUCCAACUCCCUUAAGAACCUCCCCUCUCGCCUUUUUCAGGACUGCCGUAAUCUGGAGUUCCUCGACCUCGGCUACAAUCGCCUCCGCAGCAUCACCCGUAAUUCAAUGUCGGGCUUGACCAAGCUGACGGAGCUGCAUAUCGAGCAUAACCAGUUCUCCAAAAUCAACUUCUUCAACUUUCCUCGCUUCUCUAAUUUGCGUGCUCUUUACCUGCAGUGGAACCGCAUCCGGACCAUGAGCGAAGGCCUUACGUGGAUUUGGACGUCGUUGCAGAAACUGGACCUUUCAGGAAACGACCUCCAGGAGAUAGAUGCAGAGGUGUACCGGGCCAUUCCCAACCUGCAGACGCUUAACCUGGAUUCAAACAAGCUUAUCAAUGUGUCUCAAGAGGUCGUGGAUGCCUGGGCCUCUCUCACCACUAUUAGUCUGGCUGGAAACAUGUGGGACUGCGGAUCGGUCGUGUGUCCUCUAGCAGCCUGGCUACGAACCUUCCGCGGAAACAAGGAGAUCAAUAUGAUAUGUGCAUCGCCCAAAGAAGUUCAAGGCGAGAAGGUUAUGGACGCCGUCGACGCCAGUGGAGUUUGCAGGAUUACCUCUGCUACGCCAUCGACGGUAAUCGUUCCCUCCGUUCCGUUCAUCGCCUUUGCUCAAACCCCAGCCAGCUCUUUUGUCCCGACCCUCAAAGCCAGAGAUAGUAGAAGGGGCCAAGGCACAUCCUCGAAAGACGCAACUUCUUCAGCGCCUUCUCAGCCUGCUGUCCCACCUCCCGAGCAAGACUUUGAGCCAGUUUCCUUCCACAAGAUAGUGGCAGGCAGCGUUGCACUCUUCCUGUCAGUUGCCAUGAUACUCUUGGUAAUUUAUGUCUCCUGGAAGCGUUACCCCAGCAGUGUUAAGCAGCUGCAGGAAAACUCGGCUGCAGCUCGCAAACGUCGAAAAAAGUCACGGGAGACGGAACGCACGCUCAGCACGCCAUUGCAGGAGUACUAUGUGGACUACAAGCCUAAUAACUCGGAGGCCACGGACGUGCUGGUCAACGGUACCGGACCGUGCACCUACACCAUCUCCGGCUCCAGAGAAUGUGAGGUGCCUCACCAGAUGAGCACGCUGACCUUCUACAGGUACGAGCAGCCCAUAGUGGACUACUGCCAGGCCCAUCAACCGCUGCGGCUAAACAUGAGCUACGAGGGUCCCCCGCAAAGCAUGGAGGGGCUGGAGGAGCUUCCCCCUCGAGAGCGGAGCACCAUCCAGACUGUAGCCCUUCCCGCCGUGCCCACCCUCAACACGGCCCCCCCGGGGCCCUGCUCACCACCCAACCAGAGAGCUCCCGUUGAGGGGCCCAGCAUCUCUUACCCCACCACAGAACGCUCGGUUAGCUAUCCAACGACAGAACGUUCCACCAGCACUCUCACUUUUAGACGCUAACGGCCCAUCUCGGAAAGCAAGGCAUGAUGGGUAAUUUAAAAGAGGCUGUGCCUGGGUGGUGAUCCACAUUCCACCGUGUAACCGCAGCGGUGCGACUCAAACUGUGCAUACUGCUGCGGUAUCUUCUGUGCUUACUGUUUCUCACGAACAUAGAGAUGUGAAGAACAUUCCCACAACGUUGCCGGAGGAUCUGGUGUACGGUACACUUCCAUUGUGGAGUGUAGUGUAUCCUGGAAAAUGGGAUUCCAUGUCUUUGUCCAUUUUUCUUUGUUCCCAUUCAAAGGCCCUUACAACUUUUUUACUCUCCCCGUCCUGCUCAAUAGCAAAUUGAAAACCGGUGCAACGUGCAUGAGACGUUAAACGUGGUUUUGGUUGCAUUCAGCCCCUGCUCUGUACCGACGGGACGCCUCCUCUGUGGAGCAGAUAAUGGUGAUUCUCCCAUGCGGAGUGAGGAAUUAAAAGGAAUGUGCAAUAAACAGGGUUUUUGACGAGAGAGAGAGAGAGAAUGAAGAGAAGCAUAUUAAUGUUCAGCUCUAGGGCCUCUCACUGUUAUUUUCAUUUAGUUGCCAGGGAGCGUCCAUAAAUGCAUCACAUUAUUCGAUUAUGAAGACAGAUCUGUCCAGACAUGAGCAUGGAAGAUCUUGAGUAUAAAUAAAGCACUCAUUAAAAUCUAAAUGAAGAUUCACACAGCAAGGUCUUUCAGUGUGCACAUGUACCAAAGAUCACGCUUCUUUAGAUGUACAUAUAGCUUGCGUUUCUUUUCAGAAUAUAAUCAAACAACUGAAUCUGUACGCACGCGUACUAUGACGUUCGGACCUUUGCCAUUUAUGACAGACGACAUUUUGCCUGUUUUAUUUUUCAGUUCAGUUAGUACUGAAAACCAGAAUUGAAGAAUUCAGAGAAACUUUGUGUUCCUAGUUUUACUUAUGGUGUGUGUGUGUGUUUGUGUGUGUGUGUGAAGGUAAAGAGUAAUAAACCUUCUUUUUGUGGGCAUGUCGGAGUCACCAUACUCUCAAACCAGAAAGGUAUUCUACUCAAAUAAGUGAACACAUUGUUCUUGUAUGUUCUAAGUGUGUGUCACUUUGUUAACAAAAUAGCGGCCAAAUGUCGGUGUAAUUAAAUGUUUUGAUAUUCAGGAAGCUACUUUUAAAUAUGUUGACAGCUAAGGAGUUUGAGCUAACAAGAUUAUUUUAAAAUUGUUGUUCCUGUGUGGUAGUAGUUGACCUGUGAAAGAAAAUGUGCAAUGUCCGCUAUAGUGCCCCUUAUGGCUACGCUAAGAAUGAAAGUGACAUUUCAGAACGUAACAGUACUGUAUGUGAAAACUAACGCGCAUAAAAAGUGUUCAUUUACUUGCGUAGAAUAUGUUUCAGAGUGAAAAAUCUCGUCCUAAACCAACUUCAAAUGACUUCCCAAUGAUCUAAAGAAAAUGACGAGGCUUGAACCUUUAAUGACGGCCUUCCGAAUUUUGUAUUUAGGAGCAUUUGCUUGGUUUUCUUAGUGAGUUGAGUUCAUGUAGAGGUGGUCAGUAACCUCAGGUCAUUUAAUCUUAAAAAAAAAGAUUUUCUGACUCCAGAUGUCACUUAACAAAGAAGCUACACAGAUGAAAUUGCUUCAAUUGGAUGAAAUGGCAAGAAUUACAAAUAGAAGUGACCAGGGGCAAUUGGAACUUCAUGAUUUCCUUUUUUUUCUUCAUUAGACGCCUUGUAUAAAUGUAUUUUGGUAUAAGAUAAAUAUGUGCCAACAGUUAAACAUUUACAUUUCUUACAUGUACAUUAUUACAUUUUCAUUAUUAUUUGCAUUACAUUUAACAUAUCUACUUUAAAUCUAUUACAAAAAUGGGACGCUAUGAGGCUGAGGUUUGGGGUCAACUAAAAAUAUAUUAAACUUACAAUAUUAAUACUUAAAAUAUAUUAAACUCACUGUAUGUGUAUCUGUGUAACAGCACACAUCUACAUAAAAAUGGCAUUGCUUGAAUUUAACGGAAAAGUUUUUGCAUGUAUGAUGUACUAAUUUAUUCAGCCGUUAGAAAUAAUGGUUGUUUAAUGCAAACGUCUAAGUGGGACCAACAUUAUAAUUAUUUGCAAUAAGUCUAAAUCCUUUUUCCUUGUGUUUUUACCAGCAGGAUUUUUUUAAUAAUCCUGAUAUUUUAGUGAUUAAGUCAUACAAUUUUCGUUUCAUAUUUAGUGUUACAGUUGCCCCUGACCUCACAUACCUGAAAAUUAUUAUUAUAUUAUAAAUCAUAAUUUGUUUCCAGUUUCUAAGUCUCUUCACUCCAUCUCAUUUGUGAUUACAAAGCGACUAUUGACUCUUGUUUUAUUUGUCCCUACUCCCCACCUACAUGUAAUCCAAGAUCAUCAACCUUUUUCAAAAAAUAUGCUUGUAUGACUUUUACAUACAGUCAUUACAUUACAUAACAUGUCUUAAAAAGCUUCACAGUUCCCAAAUCACUCACCAUAAUUUACUGUCAUUACAAAUCAUUGAAUAAUCUUUUUGAAAUUGUGUUUCUCUGACCCUGAACAUGGACAUACGAAUAGGUAACAAAUAUGGAAUUAUUGUCUGUAAACUGAUUUUUUCACCCUGCGUGCCUGUGUGUGUGGACUUCACACGAUGAAUGUGGACAUGGAACCUCACCAUCGGUCAAUGUGGACACUGCUACGUUCAUUCAAAUCUCAACUUGUUCAGUGGAAGGCUCCAGAACGAAGACUGGUGGUGACAUCAUCACCUGUGUUUCUCAGGAGCCGUGGUAACCGCUCUGGCCACACCCCCAAGGUUGGCGUGUUCAGCCUUGCUAGUAAUGGGAACAGAAUUAACCGGAAAGCUCCACCGAGAGACGUGGAGAGGCAAGAAACUGAUGUCAUGGCGAGAAAAGCGACGUGAUCGUAUAGACAUUUGGGAGUGUUUCCCGACAACCGUCGACUCUUCUUCAUAUGUUUAUCUUGUAAAUAGAGAGCAUAAAGAAACAUAUUGUUAUGCUUCUUUUGACACACGUUUUGUGAAACGGACAGAUCCUCAAGCUGUUUAAACGCGCACCUGAUCAAAGAUUACGCUUGUAGAGAGAAACGAUAUGACCCCUCAUUUCCAAGAUUGAUAUUUUUCUAUCUGCUGUUUGUAUUAAGUUCCUCAUCUCACGGUAGAUUUUCAGCUUCUUUGUAUCCCUUCCUCACCGAUAUUUGUCAUGUAUUCGUUUUGAAAAUCGAAAGGAGGAUAUCCAUACUCAUUUUAUUGUGAUAUUGGCUUUGAUUCUGGUAUGUGCUCUAAUCUGAUUCAGCACUGGCCUUCAAUCUUUCUUCUUGGAUCAAAUUUUCUAGCAGCCCAGGCAAAUAAUAUCAACUUGUUCAGUGAGACUGGCUUGUAGUUUGCUCCGAGGCUUCAUUCGUGAUGUAUCGGGUACAUUGGCUUGAUGUCAUUAGGCAAAUGCUAAUAGGGUUACCUGCCCACUGCAUUUCAAUUCUAAGUAAGUUGCGAGAACUUUACAACCUCAUAAAACGUUCCUCACAGCCAAGCAUUAGCUCAGUGGCAUUGUUUCGGAAAAUCCAUGCGUAGACGAUGUGGUUUAGGGGGAAAGAUGAAAAUAAGAUUAUUACAAAGAUAUAAUAUUUAUUUGUAUCAAAUAGAAAUGAUUAUAUUCAUAUCUGAUUAUAUAUUUGAGCGCGCUAGGAUUAUUUGUUUGAUGGGGUAUCAGUUUGUCCACUCGGCCCACAGCCAUCUAUUCAGAAAUUCAUAAUUUGAAGAUUUUUCAGUUCCAAACUAAUUAACUAGAAAUGCCUGCGAUAGCAUCCAAUCACAUCUGCUAUUUGGAUGAGUUACCUUGACUAGAUCCCCUAAGCCAUCAUUCAAAGCAAUGAUUCACCUCCUCCACAAAAUGUUCAAUCUUGAACGCUUAUGUAAUUUCCUCUCUCCGUAAUUCUGCAAUAUACCAGCAGAAUGUGCUUCUCCACGUUUCCUUUUUUGGUCUCUUGAUACAAACUCAUCAGUUAACCAAGCAACGGUGAGCCGUUUUGUGUGCGGAGCUUUAGGAUGUAAUUUUGCUAAUGUAGUAACAAUUUGCUGCUGCGGUCAUUUACGUAAGACGCAACAUUUGUUUUCCAUCACGCCCAUGCAUCUUUGCUUGCGUUUCGCAUUUUUGAAGUUUCCGUUAUGAUCAUUCGAAACGUUGGGUACCGUGAUUUGUUUUUAAUGUUUACAAAGCAAAACAUUCAUUUUCCAAACAAACCGUCAGUAAACAUGCUAUUAACGCUGCGUAGAGCAAACAAGCCAGAUGCUUAUUUUUCAUUAUCCAUGCAGGAUGUUCUUCAUAACACUGGUUGUGGGUGUAAUUCACUAAUAUUCAAAGACGAUUCAGUUCAUUCACACGAAAGCUGAAAAACCGCUAGUGCUAGAAAAAACAAAACUCCAAAGAGAUGCCCGUUCGUUUUUUGGUUGGUUUGUUUUUAUUUCCCUUGUGUUUUGGGUGUCUGUUGGGAACACAUAUUUCCCUCAAGGGUUGGUUUUAAAUGAAGGCAGCAGACUUUCUUACUUCUGUUUUAAUUCUCAAAGACGUGUCUAAUGUACAUAUCCAGAAGGACGGGAAAAGAAAAAGCCACAACAGAAGGAAACCGAGCUAAUCGGCCAUUUCAUUCCCCUCAGCCGUAUACUAAAAAAAUUGGGGUGAAAGUCUUGUGAGGAGCUCUGCGCAGCACACGUGCAAACACAUACAUCUGCUCAUCUGUGCAGACACUGGAGAAGAAAAAAACCCUUGCUUAUCUCCAGGCUUGCACAUGGCUUAGGUAGUGGCGUUGUCAGUCUGUGGGGGUUGGCCCAUGGGGCUAACAUCUGCUGCUUUUGUGGACUUGGCUUUGUCACCAUACUUAUUCCCUGUCUACUAAAUCUGCCACAUUCAGCCAGAGCUCCAGCCCACAAAACUCUCUAAACAUUGAGUGGCGUGAUUGGUUGUAACUGAAUGCUGGACAAAAUGGCCAGAUAAAUAUUGGAACGAAGACCCGAAGGCUCCGUUCCAAAAUCUAGUGAGCUGCCCUGCAUGCUUGAAGACAGCAUCUUAACAUUCAUGAAACAUCAUAAAUGAUUAAAUCUGCUAAGGGCAUGACUUUACAGACUUUAGAGUAGAAGCCAUAUUUAAUUUCACAUGAUCAAGGCUGUAAUAGAUUGAAUACUGUAAGUCUGUUCAAGGGACAGUCUAGAUCACAUCAUUUAUCAACUCAAGUCUUCUGGUGUGUUUCGCCCAUAGAAAUUUUGCUUUGUAUUUUCAGUUUCAUUGGCCGAACAACUGACACCCAGAUACAUGAUAGCGUGAACAGACUGUAUUCCAUACCAUACAGAGUUGUUUUGCUUUUGAAAUAAAGCUUGUUGACUCACAUCAUUCAUGCUGAUGGUGAAAUGUAUUGAUCGGUUUCGUUCUGUGUAGUUUUGGUUCGUUUUGUAUUGACGUUCGCUGUCAGUCAAAAGCUUGUACACACUUCUGAAUGUGUGCUUCUCUAUAAACAAGUAUAAACAAAUAUUUUGUUUGACAAACCAGUUUUAAUGGAUCAGUUGGACCAUGUAAUGGUGGAGAACAAGUCUAGUUCACUGGGAUGUAUACAAAGCAUCCCAGAAUGCACCUGCAUGUUGUUAGCUUUAAAGAUGCUAAAACAGCAAAAUAGCUUUGACACUUUUUGACUUUUUAACUAAAUAAUUCUUUCAUCAUUUGUGCUGUUUUGAAGUUGUGAUUUGUAAUGUGGAAGUUAGCAAUAAUAAUGCAAGAAUGUGUGUAGAGUUUUGACUGGUAGUGAACUUGUCGCAGUACCUCCCACGUUUCCACAGAAACCCAAACACUUCAGACAUUUUUGGUUUUUGUUUCAAAGUCAAUCCAGCAUGUUCAAGGCUGAAGAUUUAUUUUAAUUGUAAAGCAGAGCUCCUUUGUAAGAAAUAACCGGUGCUCAGCCAAGACCUCCAGUUCUAUCUACUGAAGUAAUUUACAGUAUAGACAAGAGCCAUGACAUCACUGCUAAUUGUGCGGAUAUCAAUGAUCAUUGCCGUGAUGAUUUAUGGAGAACUCAAACUAACGAUUCAAGGAAAAUUUUGGCUUUUUUGUUCCAAUUCAUUUUCCCCGUUCAAUAUAUUAAUGGAUUACAUAGGGCAAAAACACAAUGAAAAGCAAUAUUGUCUCAUUUGUAUUCUCCCCUUCCAUCUCAUCCCCUGUAGGCCAUUAACUUCUAUAAAAACUCAUGUUUCUCUGGCUUCGCCUGGUCUCAGGCUGUGGGGUAUUUUUUUCUGUGGGAUGUAAAUAUGCAUUGUUAUAUUCCUUUGGUUAGUUUGCUGUUGUUUUCUUUUGUUUUCAUCUGUACGCAGAUUGAAAACUGUUGUGUGAAGACCUGCUCCAAAUGCAAAAAUGUGGCUCUUUGAGUAUAUUAUUGUCAGAAAAACAAUGUUUUGUAAAAAUUUUCUUGAUGAGACCAGAAUUAAAGUAAUUUAAAGAUCUAAUGUACAAGAAUGUCCGUCUGCACUUAUUAAGUCUACAUGUGCAUGUUUGAUUCUGA